CGGGGGAGUGGGGUGGUAAAUAAAUAUGGCGGAUCUGCACCAUUCAGGGCAAUAAGUGGUUUAAUCGACCGGAUAAGAAAAAAAAAACCAGAGCAUGUUAGCUAGAAAGAAAAGAGAAGCAAAAAUCGCCAUGUUGUUUUUUUUAUUUUUUAUUAUGAAGCGCGCGUGACCAUCCUGUCAUGGACCCUAUUGUCCGUCUCUUUGGGCUACAAAUGGAUCUCUCCGUUCCGACUGCUUGAUGCGUCUUUAACAAAACAAAACGAAACAAAACAGUAUUCAUAGGCAGGGUCAUAUUAAAAUAAAAUAAAUUUGUAACAAAGAAGAAUAUGGGAUACAAGGUCCCAGGUGCUGCAAUGGAUCGUGUUAGCCUGCUUUGGCGGUUGAGGCGUCGAGCUCGUCGAGGGGUUUUGUGCAUGGCCCUAUUUUGCAUGACCAUGGCUGUACUGUAUACUCUGUGUGCUGAAAAUAGUGUACCCGUCACUGAUGCCAUAUUUGGGGUGAGGGCAAGGACUCGAGCACAGCCAAGGGCACACUCCAUUGUAAAGGUUCUUCGCGGAGCAGGCGGAUCAAAACCGAUGUAUGUGGACCCUCAAAAACUCCCAGGUGUUAUUCCCGGAGAUCCUCAAAAACCUAUUCCUGUCCUCUCAUCCUUAAACUAUUCAAUGGAGGCAAGGCAAAAGCAGCAGCAUCCAGAGGGCAAAGAAAAGGAGCGACAUGGGCUUCUCGCCUGGUUAUUGGGCAGACCGUUGAGGCGUGCACUUGAGACUAUUCUGGGGGGCCGAAGGAGAGCAGAUGCAGCCAGUCAGAAUGCCGAUGAUUUUUUUGUCGCCAAGGGAGUGAUAUGGAAUGAUGAGAUGUCCAGUAGUAUGCUUGGCAAAAGACUGAAGAAAGUGGUACAGAAUUAUCAGGCGAUGAAUAAAUAUGGUGUGGCUUUCUCCAACUCAGAAGGUGGAAAAAGACGACAAAAACUGAGUGGCCCCCAGCUUCUGUGCCAACUCAAAAUGAUGGUGAAAAUCACCACGUUAACACCAGAGAUGGAACCCUUUAGUAAAUUUCCCUGGGCCUCCCUGCUGCCUGCGAAACCCCUGAUGUCUGCACUUGGCCCAUUUAAAACCUGCGCAGUUGUGUCAUCGGCAGGGUCUCUGCGGAACUCCGGACUGGGGAAAGAGAUCGAUGCCCAUGAUGCAGUGGUACGAUUCAAUGCCGCUCCCACUCUGGGCUUUGAGAAAGACGUGGGCUCUAAAACUACAGUGCGCCUGAUUAAUUCUCAGGUGAUGGCAUCCGAAGAUCACCACUUCCUGUCCAGUUCUUUGUACAGCAGUGGAGCUUUAGUGGCCUGGGAUCCUGCCCCUUUCUCCUCUGACCUGAAUGAGUGGUACAACAGGACGGAUUAUCCGAUAUUCAAACAGUAUCAGCGAUACAGACGUCUGCACCCUCAACAGCUGUUUUAUAUCCUACAUCCCAGCAUGGAAUGGCAGCUAUGGGAGCGGCUACAAGACAACAUGGCCGAGCCUAUUCAGAAGAACCCACCUUCAUCGGGCCUACUGGGGACAGUACUGAUGAUGUCACUCUGUGACGUGGUCCACAUCUAUGAGUUCCUGCCUUCCCGGCGCAAAACUGAGCUCUGCCACUACUAUCAGAACUUCAAAGAUGCAGCCUGCACCAUGGGUGCCUACCACCCUCUGCUCUAUGAGAAGAACCUGGUGAAGCGGAUGAACCAGGGAUCGGACAAAGACAUCUAUAAUCACGGCAGGGUGACGCUGCCUGGAUUUAACACCUUUGACUGUACACAGCCUUCCAACUCUUCGACUUGGAAAUGAAAGACUGUAUUUAUUCAAUCGGUCAUCCUGGAAUGUAACUGUAUUAUUUAUUGCAUGACUCACUGUAUGACCACUGCAGCUUAUUUAGAAAAAAAAUGAAGCUGAUGUGUAUAAAACUGUCUCCUUCCCCUUAAGCUAUAAAUAUUUUUAUUGAUAGGCUGUUUGUUAAUGAGAUUCUUAAUGAGAAUGCCUAAAGAGCACCUAAUUACCAUCAGCAGUGCAGAGAAGGGUAGUUUUGGAGGCCAUUACCUGUCAGAUGAGUACUAAGUAUUCUGUUUUUAUCUGAAUAGUUAGGACGCAGGUCACAGUUGCCAGUUUAUUAGUUAAAUCGACCAAGUAAGGGAGAUGUGCUUUGUGCCUAUAUUACUGACUGUAGCUCAUUUGUUGCUAUGCAUAAUUUGUCAACCCCUAUCUAUUAACGGAAGAAGGCCACCAUGGGACCAGCACUGACCUAAUAUUAUUAUUUGAGUGGUUUUGCAUUUUAUUAGGACAGCAGUGACAGUGACGGAUCAUUUGUGUGUGAUGUUGGCAAAUGAAUUGUGUUUUUGUUUGUUUAUUUAUUUAUUUUAUUUUU